AUGUCCGCGGAACCAACCACCCCCAACCCCUCCGGCCUUGCCGCCAAGGUCGACAAGAAGCGCAAGCGCCAGGCCGAGGACUCUACCUCGAAGCAGAACAAGGCGGAGUCUACGCCCACCGAGAAAGCCGACGGACCGAGCAAGAAGAAGCAGAAGAAUGAUAAGAAGAAGGGCAAAGGAAAGGGCAAGAACGACAAGAAGUCCAAGGGCGAUGACCAGGACACCGACAAGCCCAAGCCCAAGCCUAAGACCAACGACUCGAAGGAAACCGAGGUGAAGGGCAGCGUGGACGAGGCCAUUGGCAAGAUGGACGGCCGGUUACUGGCAGAUCAUUUUAUCCAGAAGGCCAAGAGACAUAAUAAGGAGCUUACGGCGGUGGAGUUGGGCGAUCUGAGUGUGCCGGACACUGCGUUCUUGGAUACCUCUUCGUUCGGUGAAGCUAGACAGCUCAGUCAUUUACCCGCCUUUAUCAAGGCAUUCAAUCCGACCAAGGGCUCGGAUCCGUCCAAAGCAUCGAUGGAGAAGGGCACGCCGCACACCCUGGUGGUUUCGUCGGCGGCGCUUCGAGCUGCUGAUGUAGUGAGAGCUCUUCGCACAUUCCAAACCAAAGAAUCGCCCAUUGGCAAGCUCUUCGCCAAACACAUCAAGCUCGAAGAAGCCAAGCAGUUUCUCCAGCGUGCUCGAGUGGCCAUCGGCGCCGGUACCCCAGCCCGUAUAUCCGACCUGAUCGAUUCCGGAUCUCUCAAACUCGACGAGCUCAAAACCAUCAUCAUCGACGGAUCUUACGUGGACCAGAAACAGCGCGGCAUCUUCGACAUGAAGGAGACCCAUCUGCCUCUGCUGCAAUUACUCACGAAACCUGAGCUGCGGGAGCGGUACGGGGCCAAGGAGAAGGGGAUCCAGCUGCUGGUGUUCUGA